AUGCCUCAAAUUGAAGACAAACCUGCUUUCCUUUAUGAAUCGUGGGGUCUCUAUGCUCUUGGCCUCAUCAUUCUGCUUGCACGCUUCACUGUGCGAUUGAGAACUGUUGGGUGGCGGGGCCUCCAAGGCGAUGAUGCUUUUUCUUUUCUUGUUUUGCUCUUCUAUACUACAGAUGCAGUCACCGUGCACUUAAUAUAUUAUCUUGGCACCAAUAUCGAAGCUGGAGUCGCGUCACGGGAUCAUAAAGAGCUGACCGAUUCCGAAAUUCGCGAAUAUGAGCUGGGCUCAAAGUUUCAGCUUGUCGCUUGGUACUCCUACACAGCACUCAUCUGGAGUCUCAAGGGUACCAUGCUCUGCUUCUUUGCGCGCAUGACGAUUGGAACGUGGCACAAAUCGUUUGUCCAAGUAGUAUCGAUUCUGUGCGGCAUAACCUAUGCUGCUGUUGUUCUUACGAUCUCGAUCGGAUGCCUUCCUUACAAUGCAAACUGGCAAGUUAUGCCUGAUCCUCCAGCACGAUGCAGUUUCAAGAUUCAAAACUUUCUGGUUACUACUGUACUCAAUGUUAUAACCGACGGUCUCAUUCUCUGCAUCCCGCUGCCUCUUCUUUGGAAACUCCAAAUUCCUUGCCACAAAAAAUUCAUCAUCGGACUUCUUCUUUCUUCAGGAGUAUUCGUCAUGGCAGCCGCUUUGGUCCGCGUCGUUCUCACCCUCUCAGCCAACCCCUCAGCACUCACCAUCAACGCUUGGGGUAUCCGCGAAACGAUCGUCGGUAUCGCGACAGUCAACAUUCCGGUCCUCCGAUCGCUCUUCUCACGCUCAUUCUGGAAAGGAAAGACACCAAGCGAGAUUUGCCCAUCAUAUCAAGAGUCUUCAGGAAGCGUGCGCAACAGACUUACCAAACAAAACAUCUCGACUCCAUAUGGAGUGAAGAAACUUUUCGAUGGAAGUGGUGGAUGGAAGCACAGUCAUGAAAAGAGCGAGGAGUCGUUGAACCCAAAGGCGAAUAAGCUGGCUGAUAUUAUUGUUGAGAGGUCGUAUCAUGUCCAGCACGAACAUUAUGAUGGAUGGCAGGGACAUCGCCAUGCGAGAUCGAACACGUCGAUUUAUGCGCAGUCGCCAGUAUGA